AUGAAAGAGAACAAGAAGCACAGAAAAGAAGAAGGAGAAGGAAGGUCAACAAUUGAAGAAGAGAAGAAGAAGAAGGGGAUAGAAGAAGAAGAAGAAGUAGAGAAGAAGAAGAAGAAACAAGAAGAACAAGAAGAAGAAAGAAGCGAAGAAAAAGAAGAGGUCAGACCAGAGAGAGGUCAGACCAUGGAGAAGAAACCAGGAGAACAAUAUGUCACACAUGAAGAAGAACAAGAAGAAGAAGGUCCAGACCAUGGAGAAGAAGAAGAAGAAGAAAAGAAGAAGAAGAAG